AUGGAGGAUCGUUUGGUGGAAGAAAUUUACGGUCGUUUGCACAUUCGGGAGGAGGAGGAUAGGUUGGAUUAUGCUGAGGAGUCUGCUACAGGGGACAAAUCUUCCUCUGUUCAUUUCCAGCGGUAUUGUUUGGUGGGGCGUGUUUUGACGGAAAGACCUAUAAAUUUCAAUUCAUUUCAACAUGUUCUUGCUCUUGCUUGGAAACCUACCAAAGGGGUGCAUGUUAAAGAAAUGGGAAAUAAUGUUUUCUUGUUCCAGUUCUUUCAUCCUUGGGAUAUUGACAAUGUUUUGAGAUAUAGUCCAUGGAAUUACCAGCAAAUACCCAUUUUGUUACGUGAGUUAAAGCCAGAGGAGAACCCAAGACAGGUGGAGUUAACGAAGUUAGCCAUGUGGGUACAAGUCCAUGAUGUUCCACUGGGUUUUUGGUCUGAGAAGUACGCUCAGGAUAUUGGAAAUUUUAUUGGUUCUUUCAUUGCAGCUGAUCCCAAAAACUUUACACAAGUCUGGCAUGAGUAUAUGCGUAUUAGGGUUGAUGUGGAUGUGCGAUUACCAUUGAAGCGUAAGCUGCAAGUGAGGAAACCUAAGGGUGCAUGGCAAUGGGUCCAUUUUAAAUAUGAAAAGCUCAACAUUUUUUGUUAUUUCUGUGGAAUCCUUGGGCAUACGGAUCGAUCAUGUUCUAAGUUAUUUGAUGUGCCUAAUUUUCCACGAGAUAAAUUUGCUUAUGGUCCUUGGUUACGAGCCGCGGUUCGACAGCCGCCGGCGAUAGGUGCGAAAUGGCUUAGGUCUGAAAAUGAUUUCCUAAUGGAGGAGGUUGGUGGUUUACAGGCGAGUCCGGGGGCGGGUCUGACGGCGGAGAAGGAUAGGGAUAUGCAGGAUGUGGAUAAGGAUCCGAAAGAUCAAUUAAUGGUUACAGAACAAAAACGUAGGAGAAUGAAUGAGUUGGAAGCGGAUAUAAUGGAUGAGGAGGUUAUUUCGGAGACUUUGGAAGCAGAUCCAAAAAACGUAGAUGGAGCGGGCUCUGGUUUUCAGGCCCGCCUGGCCCAAUGA